AUCAAGCAAUGGACGCCCGAAGGCCAGCGAGUUUAGCCAGCAUGCUCCGGAGUCACAGGCACCAGAAGACAAGCUGCCUCUGAUUUUGUGUUUCAGUGUGUUAGGGGGCAUCAUGGCUCCGACGCUCCUGCAGAAACUCUUUAGUAAAAAAGUCGAUAGGCCUACAUGCACUGAUAGCGCCGGUGGACUGGAGCAACGUUGGGCCUUGGCUGAGUUUGAGUUGGCCCAGAUCAGACUAAUUGUAUACCAGGAUUGUGAACGACGUGGGCGACAAGUUCUGUUUGACUCCAAAGCUAUCAGAAAACUGGAUGCUGUAGGAGCACACAACACAGAGGAAACAAACAGAAAACAAAGUGCAACAUGUGAUAUUGGCAGCCAGCCAGGUCAGAAGGAUAUCCCCCCAACCUACCAGUACACACGGCCAGCGUCAGAUGUGAACAUGCUGGGUGAGAUGAUGUUUGGUUCUGUUGCCAUGAGCUAUAAAGGCUCCACUCUCAAGAUCCAUCACAUCAGGUCUCCUCCUCAGCUCAUGGUCAGUAAGGUGUUCUCUGCACGUGUGGGCAGUAGUAAUACAGGAAGCACAAGCACCUUGCAGGACAGUUUAGAUUCAAUCAGCCAGACGUGCCCAAGCUACAGCAGCAGCAUUGCUCAUAGCAUGCCAGUUGACAUGCCAGGACGUGGUCGCAGUGAGGACGGAGACAGUGGCAUCGCACACUCAGCUUCUCUGAGCAGUCUGCUGGCCACACCUCUUCCCUCACCUGGCUCCCCCACCAGCAGUGGCAGUAGUUACCAACGGCGAUGGCUUCGUAGCCAGGCAACCAGCCUUCAGCACGGACCACUUCCACGCUGGAGCACAGAUGAGAUGUUUAACCUGUCAGAUGACAGCUGUGGCUCCAACCCUGCACUGGUGCGGAGGAAGAAGAUUGCACUGAGCAUCAUCUUCAGCUUGCCAGAGAAAGAGGAGGAGAACAAGGCCUUCCAGGAGUUCUUCUUCUCCCACUUCCCACUGUUUGAGUCCCACAUGAACAAGCUCAAGACUGCCAUAGAGAGGGCUAUGAUCCUGUGCAGGAGGAUUGCAGAGUCUUCUCAACGGGUUCAAGUGUACUUGUGUCGUGUUAUGGAGGCUUUAGGAGACUUCAGGAUGACCAUCUGGAACCUCUACAUGGCCCCACGCAUCACUGAGCCUGUAUGGCUGACCAUGGUAUCCCAGAGUGCGGAGCGAAAUGCUCUGUGUCAACGCUUCCUCAAAGAAUUGAGUCUCCUGAUGGAUCACAGUGGCAAAACCCAGUUCCUGUCUGCUUUACUCACUGCUGUUCUCAUGUAUCACCUUGCUUGGGUUCCAACUGUAAUGCCCAGCAACCACCCGCCAAUCAAACCCAUCUGUGAAAAACGCUCCUCCCAUUCUCUUGAUCUGCUGGCCAAAUCCCACCCCUACAAUCCACUAUGGGCACAACUAGGUGAUUUGUAUGGUGCGCUGGGCUGUCCUGUGCGUGUGUGUCGUACAGUGGUGGUGGGCCGGCGGAGGGAGUUGGUGCAGAGGGUGCUGUAUGUGCUCUCCUACUUCAUCCGCUGCUCUGACCUCCAGGAGAGUGAUUCCAAAACGUUUGACAUGGUCAGCCCAAAUCCUCCCACACCCCAGGACCAAACAGACAAUCCUGUCAGACCAGCGCCCCGGGAGGUGACUGAGGCGCCCCUCGGCCCAGAUCAGAGCUGUGAUCCUACGCAACCCCUCUGUCAAGCUGUCCCUAAUCCAGAGCAGACGACUGAUCCAUCAUCUCCCCCCUCUGAAGCCGCUCUGGGCCCAGAGCAGACCCAGGAGACGCCUGUCUGUCUGCCUGAGACCCCUGAGCCCCGCCUAUUCCCUGAGAGGACCAAUGACAGCCUCUUAUCACUGAGCACUCAGGACUCAGAAACUGCCCUUGAGUGUUUGAAUGCAGGCCCAGACACUGUUGGCAUAGAGACAGAAUACGAUGCGUCCAAUCAGAGCCCUCUGCUUCACAGGGCUCACUUCCUCAUUGGCGAGCAGGAGGAGGAUGUGCAGUUGAAAGGCCCCACUGCUGCCUCAGGUGAGCUCGGCUUGAAUAAGAAGUGGUCCCUCCGAGGUUUGAUGGACAUACGGCAGAAUGAGAGCUUGGACAGUGCCCUUGGAGACAGUGAUGCUGAAGAAACGCCAACACGGCAGCCCUCUGAGGCAACAGACAAAUGUCAUGAGCUCCCCUUACCCAGCUGUGAGAUGAAUAGAAAGCCCAGUGUGAACCACUUUGGCCGUUCUCUGUUGGGAGGUUACUGCCCCCAGUACAUGCCGGACUUUGUCCUCCACGGAAUCUCUAGUGACCAGCGCCUGAAGCAGUGUCUAAUGGCUGACCUGGACCACACAGUGUUGCACCCAGCUCUGGACGAGCCUGUGGCAGAGGCCGUGUGUAUCGUGGCGGACACAGACAGGUUAUGUGUCCAGGUGGCCACGAGCCAGCGGCGUGUGUGUGAGGCAGGGCACCUGGGGAGAGACGUGCUGGUGUCUGGACUGGUCUGCAACAUCCUCACAUCAGUCUUACAGCUACAAAAACUCAACCUCAGUGCAGAGUUUUGUGUGAUGCACCUUGAGGAUCGCCUACAAGAAGUCUAUUUUAAAAGCUGUACUCUAGCAGAGUAUCUGAGAGGACAGACCCGAGUGCACGUGAGGGAGUUGGGACUGGCCUUAGGGAUUGAGUCAAGUGAUCUCCCAUUGCUUGCAGCAGUGGCCAGCACACACUCACCUUAUGUGGCUCAGAUCCUGCUCUGAACCAACCAACCAAUCAGGACCCAUUUAAAGGACUCCCCUGUGAUGUGAUGUGAGUCCGUCUAUGUGGUCUCAGAAGACAGGAGAUGGGCUGGAUAUAUGCAUUUCUCGGGCUGGAACGCACACACACACACACACACACACACACACACACACACACACACACACACACACACACACACACACACACACACACACACACACACACACACACACACACACACACACACAGACAGACUUAUGGCCUCUUGUUUAUGCUCCUGAUUCCUUCUUGUGUAAAUAAUUUAUUUUCCAUAUAUUGAAGGGAUGGGCAAGUUGUGUUAAAGGGAAUACUGGAUUAGUACAUGUUUACAUGAUGAUGUAAUGUCACUGAAAAGCUGUGUGGAGAUCAGUGUUCAGUGAGUCUGUACAGAGAUGAAGUGUGAAUGUGACUACACGUGUGUGUUCAGUGAAUCUGUACAGAGAUGAAGUGUGAAUGUGACUACACGUGUGUGUUCAGUGAGUCUGUACAGAGAUGAAGUGUGAAUGUGACUACACGUGUGUUGCUCAUUGCUGAGUAGGUGCUGUCAGCUUAGUCUGUACUGAAGAGCUACUACUAAUGCACACAAAUGCACACAUCCUUUUUUAUGGACUUUUUUACUUGUAGAUCUCUAAGGAAACUAACUAUUGUCGUCAGGUUCACCACAGUAAUGGAAAUUGCAGCCUAUUAAAACAGUUACAGGUUUUCAUUCCAGUUUAUUUUUACUUUUUAGAAACUACCUCAGCUGAUGUGUCUGAAGCGUUUCAGUCUUACAUGACCAUUUCCUGUGUCUGACGAGACACUGUGGUUAAGACGGUGAUGAUCAUUUUCCUCAACAGUUUAGAUCCUCAAGUCUUACUGUUUUAGUGCCACAAGAUGUACCGGAACUGACCGUAUGAAUGGUUGAUUGGUUGUUUUUGAAAGGUUAUUCCUUAUUCCUUUCUUGGUCUUAGCGUAUGAGUAUUAUGGUUUUGAGUAAACCCCCCUGAUGCAUAUCAACAGAUCAGACAACAACGGGGUAGGAAAAAACAGUUCUCAGUGAAUCAUUAUAUUUGUACUGGCAUGUGUUCUAUGUGUGAGAGUAUAAUGUGUUCUUUAUUGAUAAUGUGAGGGAUGAAUGUUAUUUCUCUAUCACGACUGGGAUGUCUUAAAGACUAUUGUUGAAUAAACUUCAUUCUAGUAACAAA